AUGGUACUGGUCAGCGCCGCCACUAAGCUUCGGCGCACGCUUGAAGACCCGCAAUCCUUUAUUGCGGCACCCGGAGUGUACGAUGGUCUGUCGGCGCGGAUCGCCCUGUCCGUCGGCUUCGACGCUCUAUACAUGACAGGCGCAGGCACCGCAGCCUCCGUGCACGGCCAAGCCGACCUGGGCAUCUGCACGCUGAACGACAUGCGGGCGAACGCCGAGAUGCUGGCAAACCUGUCCCCGUCCGUCCCCGUCAUCGCCGACGCAGACACCGGCUACGGGGGCCCGAUCAUGGUGGCGCGGACGACGGAGCAGUACGCGCGGUCGGGGGUGGCGGGCUUCCACAUCGAGGACCAGGUGCAGACGAAGCGGUGCGGACAUCUCGGGGGCAAGAUCCUGGUGGACGCGGCGACGUUUGUGACGCGGAUCCGGGCAGCGGUGCAGGCGCGGCAGCGCAUCGGCAGCGACAUUGUGGUGAUCGCGCGGACGGACGCGCUGCAGCAGCUCGGGUACGAGGAGAGCGUGGCGCGGCUGCGGGCGGCGCGCGACGCCGGCGCGGACGUCGGGUUUCUGGAGGGCAUCACGUCGCGCGAGCAGGCGCGGCGGGUGGUAGCCGACCUGGCGCCGUGGCCGAUGCUGCUGAAUAUGGUGGAGCAUGGGGCGACGCCGUCGAUUACGGCGGCGGAGGCGCGCGAGAUGGGCUUCCGGGUGGUGAUUUAUCCGUUUGCGGCGAUUGGGCCGGCGGUCCAGGCGAUUCGCGAGGGCAUGGAGAAGCUCAAGCGGGAUGGGAUUCCGGGGUUGGAUAAGGAGAUGACGCCGCAGAUGUUGUUUCGAGUGUGUGGGUUGGAUGAGAGUGUGAAGGUGGAUGAGGAGGCUGGAGGGGCGAGCUUUGAGGGAGGAGUUGAUUUGUAG